GGAUGAGACGAGUCAGAUGAGUGAUCUUCCAGUGAAGGUGAUCCAUGUGGACAGUGGGAAGAUUCUGACCGGAGUGGACGCUCCUAAAGCUGGACAGCUGGACACGUGGCUGGAGAUGAACCCUGGUUACGAGGUCGCUCCGCGCUCGGACAGCGAGGAUUCUGGGUCGGAAGAGGACGAGGAAGAGGAAGAGGAACCUCCUCAGCUGCUGGCGUCACAAACUCCCACAGAAGAGAAGAAGAAGAUUCCCGACCCGGACAGUGAGGACGUGUCUGAAGUAGACGCCCGUCACAUUAUAGAGUAGGACACACUCACACAUCUGACACACAUCUGUUGCAGCUGGAGCAUCACUGCAAUCAGCAGCGUUUACAGGCUCUUCAUACACUCUCAGUGCUGCAGUCUGAACCUGUGUGUGUGUGUGUAUUUGAGAGUGUGAGUGUGU